AUGAAAAACAAAGUUUAUUUAUUGUUGGAUGAUAAAUUAUUUAAGUUAAAAGAGUUAUAUUUCUGUUUGAUUUGUUCAAAAAUUAAAAGUGAUUUUAACUUAAAAAAAGAAAUUGAAUAUUACUAUUGUAAUGGAUGCACUCAGAUUUACUCUAAAAAUGAAACUUCUGUUUAUUCUUAUGAAUGCUUACGAUGCUUUAACUGUCCUUUUUGUUUUUGUUGCUUAUCAAUUGCUCAUAAGAAUUUAGAUAAUUCAAUAUCAAACUUAAAUCAUUUAGAAUUAAAAAAUAAUGAAAUAAAAGAUAGUUAUGCAGAGAAAGAAAGUAAGGAAUAUGGAAUAAAUUUUACUAAUUCAAAGGUUUACGAAAGUAAGCAUAAAGGGAUUGAUGAGUUUUCUGAAGAAAAUACUUCAAAUAGUGAUUAUGAUCAUCAAGUAAAAAAUAAUUUAAAGAGUGGAUAUAUAUCAAAUGAAGAAAAUAAUUUAAAAAAUAAAUAUAUGAUGAAUAAAAAAAAUGAAUUAAAUAAGAAAGAUAAAAAAAUAUUUUACUUUAAGUGCAAUUACUGUUUAUGGAGUUCAAUUUAUUCUAUAUAUAACACUAAGUUAGAUGAAUUAAUAGGAGAUAUGAUAAUUUUUGAAAAAAAUUGUUUCUUUAGUUGUUAUUUUAGAGAUAUAUUAAGUGAAGUAAAAAAGAAUAAUGAAUUAUUGAAGCAAAAAAAAUUUCUUAAAAAAAUAGAUUUAUUUUCGUCAAUUCAUAAAAUAGAAAAUUAUGAUUCUUUAAAUAGUUGGAAUUAUACUAGAUUAAGCGAAUUAAAAAAUGAGAAAAAAAAAAAUGAAGUUUUAAAAGAAGAAAAUUCUUCAUUUAUAUAUAAAUCUAAAAUAAGCAUAGACAAGGUAAGUUUAAAAGAUAUUUUAAAUGCCGAACAUAUUAAAAAUAAUAAAGAAUUUAAUGAUAUUUUUGAAUUAGAAAACGAAAAUAUAAAAUAUUUAGAUAUGGUUAUAUUACAAAAUCCAAUUAAUUUAGAAGACUAUGAAGAAAAUGAAAAAACAGACAAGAGUAAAAAAAAUUAUAUUGAAAAAGGAAAUGAUAUAAAUUAUAAUAUAGAAAGGGAAGAAAAUGAAAAUAGCAUAAAAAAUGAUGAUAUAAAUAGUGUUUCUGAAAGAGAUUAUAAUGAUUAUAAUCUAGAAAAGAAAGAUAAGGUUAAAGAUAAUAAUACUAUAUAUUAUAACGAAAUUUAUUUUAAUAAAAAAGAAGAAAAUAAUACAAAGAAUAUAAAUAAGAAAAUAAGCAACUUAAAGAAUAAUAAAUUUUCAAAUACAAUAAUCCAUUCACAAAAUUAUUUAUCGUUUGAGCAUAUGAAAGAUUAUCCUUAUAAUUUUUACAAAGGUGUGAAUGAAUUAAAACCAUUAAGAAAAAAAUUAUUAGCUAAAAAAUCAAAGAGAUGUUCAAAGUGUAAACAAUAUUUAUUAAAGUUUCAUAGCUCUAAUUUAUAUUCUACAUUUAGAUUAAAUAAUAAUGCUAUGAAGUAUAUACCUAGAAUUUACAUAAAUGAUUUUAGAAUAAUUAAAAAAAAAAAUGGAAUUUUAAAUUUUAUUUUAAUAAAUCCAUUAGACUUUGAAAUGAAUAUAAAAAUAAUACCAAAAAUAGAACAUAACUUUUUAAAAAAUUUGAAUAUAAAUAAAAUACCAACAAAUUGUGAGUCAAAAGCAAAUACUUUUGAAUUUGUUAUGGAUACAUAUGAUGAUAUUAUUGAUGAUUUAUCAAAAGAUGAAAAUGAUAUUAAAACUGUUAUAGUAAAUGAAAAUGUAAUUAUUAAAAAACAGAAUAAUAUGGCUUUAAUAAUUAUUAGUUUUAUUUAUAAUGAAAACCUAAAUGAAUAUUCAGUUGAAGAUAAAUCUAAAAUGUUAAAUGCACAAGAAAAAAAUUUUAUAGAACAAUCAAGAAAUUUAAAUUUCCCCUUAACUUUAGAGUGCUCUUUUUCUGAUAAAUUAAAAAAGAUACAUAAAAUAGCAUUAAACCUCAUUUUUACAAAUAAUAUUAGCACUAAAAGGUUUCAUAAUUAUUUACUUAAUUAUUGA